AUGAUCAUGCGAUCUUUUUUCCUCUCAUCCUCUUGCACGGCCAAGCGGCUUUUCUCGGCUAUGCCAGCAGGGGCUGUGGCUCGGGAUGCGGCCGUAGCCUCAAGAGGGCAGAUUAAAAGCAUCAUUGGUGCCAUUGUGGAUGUGCAAUUCGAUUCGUCUUCGCUUCCGAGUAUCCUAAAUGCGUUGGAGGUGGAGGGCCAUUCCACAAGACUUGUGCUCGAAGUUGCCCAACAUCUUGGCGAAAAUACGGUCAGAACCAUUGCCAUGGAUGGUACAGAGGGCUUGAUGAGAGGCCAGGGUGUCGUUGACACUGGCACGCCGAUUCGGGUUCCUGUUGGCCCUGAAACGCUUGGGCGCAUUAUGAAUGCGAUUGGAGAGCCUGUUGAUGAACGCGGUCCAAUUUUAACGAAAACAACGGCGCCCAUCCACGCUCUGCCCCCAGAGUUUGUCGACCAAUCGACAACACCAGAGGUGCUCGAAACCGGCAUCAAAGUGGUGGAUCUUUUGGCACCAUAUGCGAGAGGUGGCAAAAUCGGACUAUUUGGAGGCGCCGGUGUGGGAAAGACCGUCUUCAUUCAGGAGCUAAUCAAUAAUGUAGCGAAAGGCCACGGAGGCUUUUCCGUUUUCGCAGGAGUGGGCGAGCGAACAAGAGAAGGAAAUGACCUCUAUCAUGAGAUGAUUGCCACGGGAGUGAUAAAGUUGGGCGAUAAGGCGAACGAGUCCAAAGCUGCGCUGGUUUUUGGGCAGAUGAACGAGCCCCCUGGCGCGCGCGCCCGUGUGGCGCUGACGGGACUGACGGUUGCCGAGUACUUUCGAGACACAGAAGGACAAGAUGUGCUUUUGUUUGUCGACAACAUCUUCAGGUUUACGCAGGCAGGUUCUGAAGUCUCCGCACUUCUUGGACGCAUCCCAUCUGCCGUAGGAUACCAGCCGACACUUGCUACCGACAUGGGAGCCAUGCAGGAGCGAAUCACAACCACAAAGAAGGGAUCCAUCACUUCCGUGCAAGCCAUCUAUGUGCCCGCUGACGAUUUGACAGAUCCUGCCCCGGCAACUACCUUUGCCCAUCUUGAUGCCACAACGGUGCUGUCCCGUGCUAUCUCUGAACUGGCCAUUUAUCCUGCCGUUGAUCCCUUGGAUUCGAAUUCGAGGAUGUUGGACCCGAGAAUCGUGGGCGAAGAGCACUACAAUGUGGCAACCAAUGUGCAGAAGCUCCUUCAAAACUACAAAUCGUUGCAGGACAUCAUCGCCAUUUUGGGGAUGGACGAGCUUUCUGAGGAAGACAAGCUGACCGUUGAGCGCGCCAGAAAAAUUCAAAAGUUUCUUUCGCAGCCCUUUGCAACGGCACAGGUAUUUACGGGAUUCGAGGGUCGCUAUGUCAAGCUUGCGGAUACAAUUAGAUCGUUCAAGGAAAUCCUUGAGGGCAAGCAUGACCAUCUGCCAGAGGCUGCCUUCUACAUGGUCGGAAACAUAGACGAUGCCACCAAAAAGGCAAACGAUCUUGCCAAAGAGAUGGCGGCCUCCAAGUAG